AUGAUUCAUGCACAAUCCACUCCUUUCUGGUCGACGAGACAGAUGACAGAAACCAAGUCAAAAUCAUCAUCAACAAGAACAAAUCCGAAUCCAAAUUUCUUCACAACAACAACAACUGUCACUCCAUCAUUCCAUCGAAUGGUAAUGGCACAACAACCAAAUCCAAACGAGAAUCAAGACUCUCUGAGUUUUAACACUCCACACGCUGAAGAUUUGUUCCAAUCCACCUUUAACAACUCUCUUUAUUUAAAUCUCACCUUUUAUUUUGAUAUGGAAGCGGAAUUUGAUACUCGAGCUUGUACAAAUGAUCUUCCCUGCAGCUCGAUUAUUGACAUUAUGUGUGCACUCAACACCACUCUUUUUUCGGAUUAUCACAAUUUUACCAUGCAACCCGUUGAGAAAUUUGUUGUUGUGAAUAUUGUGUUAAAAAGUGACAUCUUUUUGGCAUAUUUGGGAUUGACUGUUCAACCAUUUCCGGGCUUAAAAUUCUUAUUCAAAUGGAUAGGUCAAGAAGGAACCACAAGAAAGAAUCUUGAAUUGAUGUCUUACGUGGACCCUCCAACUCGGACAGACAUUUAUUGGAUUUAUUUCUCAAAUCUACAAUUAAUUGGAUUUGAUUAUUCUAUUACACUUUACACGUAUCACGUUGGAAUUUAUAAUUGCCUAAUGAAAGGAAUAUUUUUCUUUCCUUUUUUUGGCUCGACUUUAAUUUAUGAAAACACCUCUCUAGAACAAGUCGACACUCAAAUCAUCGAAUAUUGUGAACGAGUGAUAUUCUUUAGCGUGGAUUUGGAAAGGGAGUGUAAUAUACGUUUUCAACAGGUGAACACUUUCGAAUUUAACAAUGUACGAGUCAUGCACAAUGCUGUUGCAACCAUUCAAGUCGACUUUUCAAGAAGGACCAUUAUUAGAAAUUCAAUCUUUAAGAAUUAUUCAGCUAAAUUUUUCUUAACCAGUAAUGUGGAAGUUCUAUUUGAAAACUCUCAAUUCGAUAAUGUCGUUAAUCCAUCAUACACAAGUGUGGACUAUGGAGCACUUGUCCUUGCAUACUUGGGAAAAAUAUUAUCAGUUCGAAAUUGUUCAUUUUCACGAGGAUAUUCAGCAAUUUACGUACGAGAAUAUAUGAAAGCAGAAUUUAUAUCUAGUCAAUUCUUUAAUAAUACGGUGUCGACCAAUAUUGAAUCGAAAGACAUGUUUACUUUGCAUGCUGUUUUAAACGCAGUUGGAUGCGCCAUCAUGACUGUUACUGAUUGCAUGUUUAAUCACAAUGGUGGUACCUCAAAAGGUUCUGCUCUCUAUGUCAAGGAUGCCACGGAUCUAGCCGUUCAUUGGGGCUACUUUAUGAAUGGAAAUGGAAGUGCCAUCUAUGUAGAAAAUAUCAAGUCCUCAAGUCAAGAACGUUUUUCCAUUCGUGUUCUCAAUUCGAGGUUUGAAAAUAAUUACAGCGAUGACUAUGGCGGUGCUAUUCGAUUACUUACUUCUAUCAAGUUAUUCUCAAUAGAUCGAUCAACGUUCAUUGGAAAUCAAGCAAAAUAUGCUGGGGGAGCUGUUUUCGUUGAAUUCGUUCAGUAUGUGAGCUGGAUUGCUUCCAGUCUUUUCAAAAACAAUCGAGUUCUGUAUAGUGGAUCUCAUGAUCAUGACAACUUUCAAAAAGGAAGAGGUGGAGCAGUGUUUCUAUUUUCCUCAACAACACCUCUCGCAAUUGCUGACAGCUUGUUUCUAAACAAUGAGGCCAAUAUUGGAGGAGCACUCUCGUAUGCCUACUCGAGCUUUAAGAACAUUUUGAAUUGUACGUUUGAAAAUAAUCGAGCUCGAAAGACUGGUGGUGCCAUAUUUCACUUUUCACCUUCACCUAACAGUAAUACCAGUUUUUCACUUGUACAGUUUGAAAACAAUCAAGCAGGUGUGUAUGGAGAUAACUACCUUAGUUCGGUUACUUCAGUGAGAUUUGAUCAGAAGCAUGUCAAAUUGUAUCCAGGACAAACUUGGAAUAUUUCUAUUACUCCCUUUGUAAAUACUGUGCCAGUUCCUACCACUGUGGAAAAUUAUUUAAUAUCCACUUCCAAUCCACAGUUGGAGUUACAUGUGCAAGAACAUUCAACAUUUAUUAGCGUCAAGCUCUUGUCCUUAAUUGACACGACUGAAAAAUUACAAGAGCAUAGUAUCAACACGACACUUUGGCUCGAAAACAAGAAAAGAAUUGCGUUUUUCCAGCUCCGAUUACUACCAUGUCCAAAGGGAAAAUUUUUAAAGCAUUCCAUGGUUUCUGAAAUGAACAACAAAUUCGCAUAUAUGUGUGUUGAUGCACCACCCAAUUCUCUUGGAUUAAUUCUUGGUAUUUCAAUUCCAUCCUUUCUAAUAUUUUUCAUAUUAGGUUCUCUAUUUACUGGAGGUUGUAUAUUCAUUGCUUUUCGAAUUAGAAAAAAAUUGAAUCGACUUGCUGUGAAAGAAAAAGCAGAAAAAGAAGUAGAAAAGAAAAUUCUCGACAAGAAAAUUAUCUUUAACAAUUGGGUUAAAAGUCCAACAGUGAGUGUUGGAAGCGAAUACUCCAUGACUGUCCCAUUGAUUCACAGUGAUAGUGGUGACGCUACUAUUUCCCAUAUCAGUCAAGAAAUGAAGCAAUUCAAAAACAAGAAGGAUUCAUUCUUGAUAUCAAUUGAUGAUUUGGAAAUUAUUAAGAAAAUUGCUGAGGGUGGUUAUGGUGUUAUUUAUCAGGCCAAGUUAUGGGGGAAACUGGAUGUAGCAAUUAAAACUCUAAAACAAGUCGAUGAUGGCCUUGUACAUGAUUUUCAGGAUGACGAAGAAUUUGAAAAGGAAGUUUCUGUUUUGGCAAAUUUAAAUCAUCCAAAUAUUCUAAAGUUUUAUGGAAUUUCUGUGACUGAAACGAGCAAAUACAUGAUUACAGAGUAUUUAGAGAACGGGUCAUUGGAAAGAAUGUUGAACAGUUGUAGAUUUGGAAAAACUGUAUUGACACUUGAAAAGAAAUUACAAAUCCUUGAAGAUGUGAGUUGUGGAAUGCACUAUCUUCAUUCUCUAAGUCCAGCAAUUGUUCACAGAGAUUUGAAGCCAGGAAACAUUUUGCUCAAAAGUGAUCAUACCUGUAAGGUUUGUGACUUUGGGUUGUCAAGAGUGAUUGGAAGUAAUGGAAACACAAACAAAACCAUGACCAAGAAUGUUGGUACUUUUUUCUAUAUGAGUCCUGAACUCAUCUCUGAUACCAACAGCUGCUAUGAAGAGCGAACUCAAGGAUCCUUGUCGAACUCUCAAGAAAAAGUAUUAAGAGCGACAAAGCUUGAUAUUUAUAGCUUUGGAAUUAUCAUGUGGGAAUUGUUUUUUGAGUUAGCACCAUAUUCUGAAAAUCCAAAAAUUGGAACUCAAGGAAAAGGCAUUCCUUUUGUGAAUAUUUUGAGUUGUGUCAUGCAAGGAGCAAGACCAGCCAUUCCAUUCCAAAACAAACAAGAAUUGCAAGAAUGGUUAAAAGUAUAUCCUGUUCGAAUUCGAGAAGGAUACUCAAGUCAAAUUGGGAAUUGCGAUUUGGAAUCCCUUAUUUUGAGCUACUUUGAAUUGGCAAGAAGGUGUUGGAGUCAAGAGGUUAUGAGCAGGCCAUCUUUUGAAGUCAUCCUUGAUGAAUUAAGCAAGCUGAAAUCCAAACUUUAA